CCUGUUUUCCGGGAUUCCCAGCAAUGAUUCUGGACCCGCCCACCCCCUGAUUCUGGUCCCGGUUCUGGUUCCUGGUUCCAGUCAGUCCCGAGACGCCGACCCGCGAGCCGAGUCCUGCACCCGCGAUAAACGAGAACUUCACCAUGUCUAAGAAGGGAGGGAACCGGGCCCUGGAGGUCCAGGAGCCCCCGGAGGUCCAGGUGGAGGCGUCCAUCAUCCGGAUCCCCCCCCACCACUACAUCCACGUGCUGGACCAGAACACCAACAUCGCCCGGGUGGAGAUCGGACCGCUGACGUACAUCCGUCAGGAUAAUGAGAGGGUUCUGUUCCCGCCGGUCCGGAUGCUCAUGGUUCCGCCCCGCCACUACUGCGUGGUUUCCAACCCGGUGACCCGAGACGACCAGAACCAGGUCCAGUUCGACCCGUCGGGUCAGGCCAAGCUGAGACACGCCGACCUGGAGAUCCGGCUGACCCAAGACCCGUUUCCCCUGUACCCGGGGGAGGAGAUCCAGCAGGCCGUGACCCCCCUGCAGAUCGUGUACCCGGACUCGGCCCUGCGUCUCCAGGCCCUGCUGGACUUCCAGGACGACGGGGGCCAGAAGAGGGUGGCCGGGGACGAGUGGCUGUUCCAGGGCCCAGGAACCUACAUCCCCCGGAAGGAGGUGGUGGUUCUGGAGACCGUCAAGGCCACCGUGAUCCGGGAGAACCAGGCCAUCCGGCUCCGGGCCCGGAAGGAGGGGAAGGACCGGGAGGGGGUCCAGAGGGUCACAGGUGAGGAGUGGCUCGUCAGCAAGGUGGGGGCGUACCUGCCCGGAGCCCACGAGGAAGUGAUCGACAUCGUCAACGCCUUCAUCCUGACGGACAAGAAAGCGCUGCACGUCCGGGCCCUGCGUCCGUUCCGCGACGCCGGCGGGCGCGAGCGCCGCACCGGCGAGGAGUGGCUGGUGACGCACGGUGACCGCGAGGCCCACGUGCCCUCGGUGUCGGAGGAGGUUCUGGGAGUCGUACCCGUCACCACGCUCAGCAGCCGCCAGUACUGCGUGGUCCUGGACCCGGUCGGACCCGACGGGAAGAACCAGCUGGGCCAGAAGAGGGUGGUCAAGGGCGAGUGCUCGUUCUUCCUGCAGCCAGGCGAGAACCUGGAGCAGGGAAUCCAGAACGUGUACGUUCUGUCGGAGGACGAAGGUCUGGUUCUGCGGGCGGUCGAGGCUUUUAACGACAUCCAGCAGGAGGAGGAAGAGGAAGAGGAGGAGGAAGAUGAGGAAGAGGAGGAGAAGAGGCGGGAACGCGCCAAGCGCUCGCGGCGCAGCGGCGUCCUGCGUCGCCCCGGCGACCUGUGGAUGCUGCGCGGCCCGCUGGAGUACGUCCCGCCCGCUAGCGUGGAGGUGCUAAGGAAGCAGCUAGCCAUCCCGCUGGACGAGAACGAGGGAAUCUACGUGAGGGACAUGAAGACGGGGAAGGUGCGCGCCGUCAUCGGCCACACCUACAUGCUGAGCCAGGACGAGGAGCUGUGGGAGAAGACGCUCCCGCCCAACGUGGAGGCCCUGCUAGCCGCGCGCGUGGACCCGCUAGCCGACCGCUCCAGCCGCAGCGGCGCCGGUAGCGGUAGCGGCGGCGACGCACCGCGCAACAAGACCCGCGUGGUGACGUACCGCGUCCCACACAACGCCGCGCUGCAGGUGUACGACUACCGCGAGAAGAAGGCCAGGGUUCUCUUCGGCCCCGAGCUCGUCAUGCUCGGCCCCGACGAGCAGUUCACGGUUCUGUCUCUGUCGGGCGACAAACCCAAGCGAGCUAACACGAUCAAGGCGAUCUGUCUGCUGCUGGGACCCGACUUUUUCACCGACAUCAUCACCAUCGAGACGGCCGACCACGCCCGCCUGCAGCUGCAGCUGUCCUACAACUGGCACUUCGAGGUGAAGACCCCUCCAGGUCCCGGGGAGGCGGCUGCUCUCUUCUCCGUCCCCGACUUCGUGGGCGACGCCUGUAAAGCCGUGGCCUCGAAGAUCCGAGGAGCCGUCGCUUCGGUGCAGUUCGACGACUUCCACAAGAACUCUAACCGGAUCAUCUGCUCGGCCGUGUUCGGGUUCGACGAGAAGCUGGCGGUUCGUCCGAGCCUUCACUUCCCCCAGAACCGGCUGGUGAUCAGCAGCGUGGACAUCCAGGCCGUGGAGCCGGUGGACCAGAGGACCCGGGACUCCCUGCAGAAGAGCGUCCAGCUGGCCAUCGAGAUCACCACCAGCUCCCAGGAGGCCGCGGCUCGGCACGAGGCGGAGCGUCUGGAGCAGGAGGCCCGGGGGAAGCUGGAGCGGCAGCGAAUCACGGACCAGGCGGAGGCUGAACGGGCCCGCAAGGAGCUGCUGGAGCUGGAGGCCCUCAGCGCGGCGGUGGAGAGCACCGGCGCCGCUAAGGCCGAGGCCCAGUCCCGCGCUGAGGCGGCCAGAAUCCAGGGGGAGGCGGCGGUGAAGGAAGCUAAACUGAAGGCCGAGGCCCAGCACAUCGAGGCGGAGGCGGAGAUCCAGCGGCUAGCCGCGGCGCGCGAGCAGGAGCUAACCUACAGGAAGCAGAUGGACCAGCUGGAGGUGGAGAAGCAAGAGCGGCUAGCGCAGAUCGAGAGCAAGCGCUUCAAGGAGCUGAUGGAUAGUCUGGGCAGCGACACGCUGAGGGACAUCGCCAGGGCCGGACCCGAGAUGCAGGUGAAACUACUAACAGCUCUGGGUCUCAAGUCCACCCUGAUCACCGACGGCUCGUCGCCCAUCAACCUGUUCACCACGGCUAACGGGCUGCUGGGGGGGCUAACGCCACCGCCGCCGCCACCGCCGCAGCAGUGAGGUGGGGGGGCAGGAUCCAGGAUCCAGAUCCAGGACCAGGAUCCACCUUCUUCGCCGGAGGAACGUGAUGCCGGAGAAACUUCAGCGAAGACGACGACACUCCGUCCGUCACCGGCAGCCAGAGAUCGUCAGCUUUGCACCAAAACUGUUAGAGCGGAUGUUUGUUUACGGAUGUUUACAGAUGUUUCUUUACAGAUGUAGGUGGAUGUUCUGCUGACCUCAGCUCCUCUCAACCGUUUUCAAACUGACAUGAAGGAAUAUUAAACUCAUGAUUCAAA